UAAUGAAGUAGGGACAUUUUCAAAUGGGUAUUUCUCUUUUAAUAAUAUAGAUAUGAGUCUUAUAUAUACUGUCUACGUCAGCAUAAAAAAUCACCCAAUCAUGUUAUAACGUUUUGCCACGGUAACUCCGGUUUGUCUAUGUUGGGCUUUGCCUUUUUUUAAAAUUCGUCGUGUUAUACAAAUGGGCCAGGAAGCCCAUAAAAAGUCGAAGCCCUUACCUGAUACUCGCCGACUUGACCUUGCCUUCCUCAUUUCUCCAAACCCUAAUUUGCUAGAUCGAUUCUUGAAACCCUUUGCUCUUCCUCUUCUUCGUUUCCGUUUCAUGAUCUAAUCCACGAUCAAUCAAUACAUCCUCCACUUCGUUUCCCCUUUACUCUCAUUUAUGGAUUCUCUUAGCUUUUCUCAUUCUGAUUUUAUUUAUAAAACUCUUAAUCGGAAUUUGAUUUCUAUCAAACUUGGUUGUAUAUUGACUUUUCUAGAUUUUUCCAUCAUGAUUUGGAUCGUGGGGGUGAGGUCACCGUCAUGGAAAUUCUUUUCAUAUGCAAUAUACUGGCAUUUUUAGGCGGUAGAUCAUGCAUGAUUCGGGACGAUCACCGAAGCCGAUGUAUCUGCGAAUUCUCCUUCAGGUCCGACGUUCAUGGACCGCAAGUUGAUGCAUCGGAUUGAGCCCAUCGCAAACGGCAAACCCUAAGCUCUGUGCCGUCUCUCGCAGGGUGUUGGUUCUAUGGUAUUGGUAUCAUAUGGUAUAUCAAUGUUUGCAGAAAGGACAAAGUUCGGAUCAAGCUCUACGCCUCUAAGCGGACCAAGUUCAUCAUGGCUCACUAUUCCAGGAUAGCUUGAUUCUCUCUCACGCACGAUGGGCAUUUGUUGGCCACGACCAGCUCCAAGGAUACUCUGGUUCGGAUCUUUAAUACUAUCGAUGGCACCUUGCGGCAAGAGCUAUACUUUUACUUAAUCGAAAGGUGGUACUCAUGAGGAAAUGUGUUAAUCCCUAAGUAAGAUCGUUGUCAAGCUUCAACUCCAACAAUCUCUCUGUAACGGCUUCAUGUGGAAUUUUGUUCACAUGGUGAGAUCACAACAAUGAGAUUUCAUUGGCAUGACGAAGCUUUUGAUAAGUACUUAUCUGUGCACGGUCCUUAUCUGGAUGAUCCUUUGCGAAUCCUUGCUAUUCGCUUUGAACUGAAACAAGCUGCUUCAAGUGAGGAAGUGAGGGUAGCUCUUGGAGAAAAAAAUAGCAAAGAGGGGAUUGGCAAUGAAAUUGACUUGAUGAUAUCUGGCGAUGGAGCAGUUUCAGUAGUAACAAAUCUUUCUGACCUGAAGCUGUUUGGGGUUGUCUUUGCCUUACCAUCUUCAUCCGAGCCUGCACCAUCAGAGAAGUUUAGCAGAAACACCGAGCAAGCUCCUUGCAAGUUAGAUACUUCAUAACCGGACACAUGUAGUUUUUUCUUUUGUCAAUAUUAAGUAAUUAAAUUUAAUGUAUCAGCGACGUUUUUUCACAUAAACAGACACGACUGCGUUGAUCGUAGUUUUGAUAAUUUCUGAAGAUGAAUAUAAUUACGAGUGUUACAGAUCGAAAUAUUGAUUGAGAUAAACGAAAGACAAAGCUAUACGUCUUGUGUAACAUCUAACUCAAAGCAGCCCACUCUCGCUCACUUGAAUUCCAACUUGAAAUUUCUGUCUUUAUUUUAUUUUCUUGCUUUUCUUUGCUUUCAUUUAUUAUUCAAGCCAGUUUUGAAUCACAACUAUUUGCAUCAAGGGUACCAAAUACAAUUUUUAGACGACCUAAUAUAUGAUAUUGUUAAUUUCCUCAAUUGUUUAUUGGAAAAUUAAUAUAUAAUUUCCAAGUAAAAAUUUGUGUGUAUAACUGUUUGAAGGCGCCUGAAAAAUAGUUCUUGUAGCUCACCAGUGUCUAGGCCUGCGGACCUGCGGUUUAAAUCGAACCCAACUUGCCGAACCAAACCAAACCAAACCAAAAUUUCGGUUAGCUUGUGAAUUCGGUUCAAUUUGAAAGGUUUAUAAAAAAAAAUAUCUUGGUUCGAUAAUUGGUUAGUUUGGUUUUCUAAUUUUUUUUGUUAACCACAUUUUGAACAAAACUAACCGAGUUAAUCAAAACUUUGAAAAAACUAAUUGAAUAAAACUAACUAACCGGAAUUGCCCGAAUUUAACCAAAUUUUAACCAAAAUAUAAUCAAAAAAAUUGGUUAGUUUUGGUAAAAAAACUUUAAACCGAACUACGUGAAUACCAUACCGAACCAAAAAAAUUCGAUUCAAUUCAGCAAGAUUUUGGUCGAACCGAACUAUCUGCAUUUCGAACAACCCGACCCAAACCUGCAGGCCUACAUGUGUCUUUGACUCUUUGUUUUUUUCAUGCCAUUAAAUAUUAAGACUUCAACGGUUUUUGGUCCCAAUAAUAAAGUAAUUCUUCUAAUUGUGUACUUCAUUCAUUAAUAUUACAUUUAAUAAGCUCAAUUUAUAAUAUAUAUAUAUAUAUAUAUGGGAAAAUCUAAAAAGAAAUUAUAUAUAUAUGGGAAAAUCUAAAAAGAAAUUGCAUUAUGAGUCUUGGCCUUGUUUUUAAUUGAGAAGAAAAUAAAGAUGAAAAUAUAAUAGUAUUCACUCCGUUUUUUUAUAUUUGACGUUUUUCCUAUUAUUCCUAUUAUGUACAGAUUAUGAUACAUUUAAUUUUCUAAACAAAAAUAUGUGUUAACCUUACCACAAUUCAACCAAUAGCAAAAUAGAAACUAUAAUAUCAUUGGUUAUCUUGCAUUAAUUAUUAAUAAAUUUCAAAACGUUAAAUAGUCUGGAACAAAAAAAAUUCUUCUGAAACAUCAAAUAUAAAAAAAGAGAGCGAGUAAUAAAGAUGAAUUGAAAAGGAUAAAGUAAAGAUGAGUGCAUGGUAGGUGAUUAACUAGUGGCAAAAACGUAAAAUUUCACUCACUAAAGUUUUUCUAUAAAUUGAACCACCCGCCUCCUCUGUUGUAUCCAAUUCUAAACCAAA